UUUUCGCCAACAAGGAAGAUUUAACUGUAGAUACCAAGGACAAAAUUACAACAGAAGUUUCGAUAACAGAGCUAGAUGUUAUAUCUGCAAGAAAAAUAAUCACAAUGCAAACAAAUGCUACUUCAAUAAUGACAACAAUAAAAACACGAACGAACACAGAAGUCAUAGAAAUGAAAAUCAAAACAGACCGUUCAGACAAGAAAGCGGCAGAUAUAAUAACGACGGAAAAUUCAAUUUCGAAUCACAAUACGAGGACAACAACGAUAACAACAGAUACAAUGGCCCCAACUAUAGAGGAAGAAACACAAACCCAAGAAGACGAUUCAAUGAUAAUCAUAUUGGAUAAAUUGAAAGACUUGAAUAUAGAGGAUACCAACAAGGAAAAUAUUACCAACAAUAUUACGACCAUGAUAACAAUGGACGUAAUACAGGAAAACAUACUGGAUACAAUAACAACAGUAGCAGAAGCUACGACAGAGAUUGGAACGAAGGAAGUAGAUUCAAUGAUAGGCGUCGAAUGGCUAGACGCUAUUGAUUGCCAACCACAUCAAAACACACUAAUAGAAGAAGAGACAGGAGAAAAAGGAGAUGAAGGAGACGGAUCAGAUGCUUCAAACACAAAUAGAAAAAUAAAAUUUUUAAAAGAGAAAAAAAAUAAAAAAAGAGAAAUCAACGAAAAUCAAAAACAAAAAGAAAAUAUAAAAGAUAAAAAUAACAAUUUAAAAAUAGGUUGUAUAAACGUAAGAGGAAUGAAUGAUAACGUUAA